AUGAGGCCCCUGCUCUGCUGCCUGGGGCUGGCUGUGCUCCUGGGGCCCUGCCUGGCCUGUCCCAGUGCCUGCUCCUGCUCCACCAAGAAGAACAGGCGGCUGUUGGCCGAGUGUGCCUACAAGGAUCUCCAGGAGGUACCCAGGGGGCUGUCCUCCAACGUGAGCAUCCUCACCUUGUCGGCUAACAGGAUCAGCUGGCUGGGGCAAGGAUCCUUCGCCGAGGUUCCCGAAGUGCAGUCGCUGUGGUUGGGGUACAACCAGAUUGGGGUGGUGGAACCAGGGGCUUUCGCCUCUUUGGUGCACCUGAAGAACCUGGACCUGAGCCACAACAAGAUUGUGGAUUUCCCCUGGCAGGACCUCCGUAACUUCAGCAGUCUGCAGAUCCUGAAGAUGAACAACAACCGCCUGGCCGGGCUGCCCCGGGAUGCUUUCCACUUCUUGAAGGACCUGCGCUCCCUCUGGCUCAAUGACAAUGAGUUGACCACCUUGGCUGAGGGCACCUUUGACAACCUGCCCUCCCUGUCUCAGCUGCAGAUCUUCAACAACCCCUUCAACUGCUCCUGCAAGGUCUUCUGGCUGAAGAAGUGGACUGAGAACACCUCCGUCUCCAUCACCAAGGGGGGGUCCACCCUGUGCGUUGCUCCCAGCAGUCUGAAGGGCCGGGCGGUGACAGAUAUCCCCGACCACCACUGCAUCGCCCCCUCCGUGCAGCUCACCUACCUUUCCAACCUGGACAACACCGUCAUGUACGACGGCCUCACCCUGACCCUGCACUGCAGUGUGGCAGGCAACCCUCCGCCAGAGACCAGGUGGAAGAUUCAGACCUCCAGCCGCCGUGUAGAGAUCAGCGGGCCCAACGUGGCACGGGAUGGAAACGUCAAGCAGAGCCAAGAACGCUUCUUGGUCUUCAAGAACGGCACCAUGGCCAUCCCCAACUUCAGCAAGGAGGAUGAAGGCAUCUACACCUGCCUUGCUGUCAAUGACGUGGGCAUGCGAGAUGUCUCGGUCAAUGUGGCCUUGGCGGGGUCAGAGAAUCCGGCUGAAGACCUGCUCCGAGAUGACCCCCAAGCCAGCCACCUCGGGGGGCGGAGCUGCUAUAAGGGGGAUGAGAUGGAUCCCUCUGGUGCUGGAGAAAAGCUGGUGAUCGUUUACCACAUGCCGAGGGAGUCGAGGAGUGGGGCUGGAGGAAUGGUGCCCCAAGCCCACCUGGGGCCUCUGCUGCUGGCUUUGGGCAUCUUGUUCUGCUGUUGA